GGAUGGGAAAUUGGUCACAACUCGUAGACAGCCCACUCACUUUGUCACUAUUUUUCGAUUGGAUCAUAUCAUUCCAACAAAGAUCAACCUGAAGGCAGCACGGAACGGUAAUCCCCUUGAGCUCUGCUGGAGGUGUUGCAGCGACGGCUUGAUCAACAGAAAUGGCGGCCCUCAGAAAACUCUCAAACAACUUAGUCGGUCAUCUCUUACAACCCAACUGUCGAAAUUCCACUUUUCUAUCAUCAUCAUGGCCCUCUCCUUCUCCUGCCCUUUUCAUCUCGCGCAGAGGCAUAGCUUCCAAGCUCUUCAUUGGAGGACUUUCAUAUUACACAACAGAAAAGGGAUUGUCAGAGGCGUUUUCUCAGUAUGGCCAAGUUGUAGGAGCUAAAAUUCCCAUGGAUAAAGUCUCCGGAAGAUCGAAGGGUUUUGGAUUUAUUACUUACGCUUCAGAAGACGAAGCAGAGAAUGCCAUCAAAGAACUGAACGGAAAGGCACUGAAUGGGCGUGUAAUCUUUGUGGCUUAUGCAAAACCUAGAACCGGAUUCGGUGGGGGAACGCCAAUAGCUCGAGGGCCCCCUGAACCAGCCACAGGCCAAUGACACUACUAUUAGAGGCAAAUUGAAGUCAAUUAAUGUUUUCAAGAUCGUCGUACGAGAUGUUACUUGCAGGGUUUGUUGUUUUCUUUUUUGAAUUAAUUAAUGUUUUUGUUGGAAAUAAUAAUUACUAGUAUGUUGCUAUCAAGUCGCUCUUCUUUUUGA